AUGGGCACCAUCGAUACUCAUCAUCACCUCAUUCCGCCGAAGUUUGUUGAACUGUGGAACGCGAAUAUCGAAAAGGCUCGAGGUCUCAGGCUGCCUUCGUGGACAGAGGAAGGCACCCUUCAGCUAAUCGAGCAAGUCGGGAUUGGCACGGCGAUCAUAUCACUCGGACAUCCCAUCCACCCCUAUGUUCAGGACGCCGCUCAGGUGGCCCCCAUUUGCCGGGAGAUCAACGAGUACACGGCAAAAUUCCGAGACGCCCAUCCCACUAAGCUUGGGUUCUUCGCGACGCUCCCGCCGCCAGACCAUGUAGAGGCAUUUAUCCAAGAGACUCGGUAUGCGCUAGACGAGCUCAAAGCCGACGGCGUUGUCGUCUUUAGCAGCUAUUCCGGGCGCUACCUGGGCCACAAGGACUUUAGGGACAUGUGGGAAGAACUAAAUUGCCACCAUGCAGUGGUCGUCAUUCACCCCGACUUCGAGGGAAUGGCGCCCAUCGAAGAGCCGCGUCUUUUGGCGGCUCCGAUCGUGGACUGGACACAUGAAACGACGCGGACAGCGAUCCAUUUGAUCACAACAAAUACGAUUCGAGAAAACCCCAACUGCAAAAUCAUCCUCUCUCAUGCGGGUGGCACUUUACCGUACGUUAUCGAGCGAGCAGCAAACCUCUGUUGUCGACUUGGCGUCGUAGACAAAACGGUGGAGGAGUUCGUCGACGAAGCGCGGUCGUUCUACAUCGAUGUCGCGUUUAGCGGCCACGAACCGGUGUUGAAGCUUCUGAAAGAGUUUGCGAAGCCGGGUCAUGUUUUGUUUGGCAGCGACUACCCCUGGGAAACCGGAGAGGUUAUUAGUAGUCAAUUAGCAGCAACAGAGGCGGUUUUCCAGGAAGAGACGCGUGAGGCGGGCUUGAAACUCUUCCCACGACUCGCGCAGUACGAAUAG